AACUUUGCGGAGAUCUGGCCGCGGUUUCAGAUGAGCGCCAAUGUGGCGUCGUACGGCUUGGCUUUGGAUCCGAUGUUGACGGAUCAGAGAUCGAGUGACGAUUCUCGGAAGCGGCGGGAUAAAGAUGAGCAUUGCGGCAAGGGAGGAGGAGCUUCCACCAGCAGCAGCAAUGGCGGCAGCUGCAACAACAAUAACACCGUAUCGGAUGAAAGAAGAAACGAAGGUGAUAGUAAACGGCUAAAGGCGGUGAGUGAACUUAAAGUUGAAAGGGAAGGGAAUUCAGGCAAGGUGGAGGCAGAGCGAGAGCCAAAGCUGGAGGAACUUCCAAAGCAAGACUACAUCCAUGUUCGAGCGAGACGAGGUCAAGCUACCGAUAGUCAUAGCUUAGCUGAAAGAGCUAGGAGAGAAAAGAUUAGUGAGAGGAUGAAAAUUCUUCAGGACAUAGUUCCUGGUUGUAAUAAGGUUAUUGGCAAAGCUCUAGUGCUUGAUGAGAUAAUUAAUUACAUCCAAUCUUUACAACGUCAAGUUGAGUUCUUAUCUAUGAAGCUUGAAACAGUAAAUUCAAGAGGGGAGAUCAAUGGAUAUCCUUCAAAAGAUUUCACUCAACAAACUUUUGAAGCCCCCGGCUUGGCCUUUGGUUCUCAGAGCACACGUGAAUACAGUAGGGGUUCGUCACCAGAGUGGCUACACAUGCAGAUUGGUAGCGGCUUUGACCGAACAUCAUGACACGAAAUUUUUCAUCCUCAACAUAAAUCGAAAUCUAUAAUCUAUGACUAUGAUUCUUCCUCCUUAAAACCAUAGCAGCAUAUGCUUCUUGUAACGGGCCCAUUUCCCCCUUGCAUUGUGCAGCAAACAAGCGAGAUACCGGGAUGUAUACAUGGUUUAUUUCCAACGAAAGAGUCACAGAAUGAGUGAUCUUGGCAAAGGUUCUCCAAACUCCAAAUUUCUAAAUCUACUAUUGUUAUUUUUGGAUUUACGUAUUCCUGCAAUGUUUUGCAAUUAGUUGUGAUUUUUUUGCCUUAUAUAUAAAGUUGUCUGGAGAUAUUGAAAGGGAUCGUAUACUGUUUUGUACAAUGCCAAAUAAAGGAUUGAUGUUGUCGAAGGUUAGUAGGUUGCCGAUCAUUAGUAAAUUUGUUCAUUUUAUA